AUGGCGUUACCACACUCGACCAUCGACUCUACGGCAAAGCGCAUCUUCACACCAGACGAACCGGGCGCCCUCAGCCUUGACGAGGUGCUCAAACAAGUCGCCCAGGAUGACGAGGAUGAAUGGGAGUACGAGUAUUCUACCACCGAAACGGAGACGUAUUACCUCGCACUUGACCUGUCGUAUCCAGAGUUCAAGGAGCGCACCGCCAAAGUAGCCCACCACAGCCGCGGUGGCUACUAUAAGAAUUGGCUGGACCAGACCGCAGCGGGGCCCAGCGUUCAAAUCACGCGAGACAGGUCGAAUAAGGACCAUGGCCUUGGUGAUGGCGACAGUGACGACGAAGCCGGGCGAGGAAACGACGGUGAAGAUGAUGAUAAUGACGACGGCGACAACGUCGUCGAUGACGAAGUGCCUGUGGAUCCCCAACUCACGGCUGCCAAGGGCAAAGGUGUAGACGCUGGGGACCACGCGCCUGAAACUCCCAAACCAUCCGACAGACAGGAAAGCAAAGAUCGUGACGCCGCUGCAGAAGUGGUCGCCGGAGACGACAGCAUCCAGAUCCUCGAUCUGCAUUCCCGCAACCCGGUCAUCUCAUACCGGGGGCGGGUGUUUGAAGGUGAGUGGGCAGAAGUCAUCGGAACCGAAACCAUCCUGGCGAAGCACGACAAGUCCGAUCCGUUGCCAGCCCUCAGAAAUCUGCCCGAGGAUAUUGACAUCCUCGGGGCGUGUUCGUCGAGAAUCAUGACAACCGAGAAGGUACCAAAACCCAAGGUUCCCGAGGAAGACACCCUCGCCGCGAUCCGCGAGGAGUGGAAUAUCAGGAUCCCACCGGGCAAGGACAAAUCAGGCGAACGGGCGCACCAGAUCCGCUUCCUGGAGAAUCUGAUCGCCCUCAAGAAGAAAAGAGGUGAUGCGGACCAGGUCACUGUCUACGCGGUGGACGGAGAAGGCAAGGACUGGAAUGACAGGAAGGGACCCGACUACAAGCCGAGAAACCGGAAAAAGCCGGUCAAGACUGAGGGUGAGGCCCAAGCGGACGACCAAGGCCAACAGACAGCAAAGAGACACAGACGACCAGCCGGCCCCGAGAGCCGACGGGCCAGGGCAAGCCGCCGGGGUCGAGCUGGUAGACGAGGUACGGCAGACUUACGUAGUGCGCCUGGGUUAUCGACGCCUACCCCGAACCAUUGGGAUAGCUUACGGCAGCCAUCGGGCGGGGCGGAUGUGGAAGAGCAAGAAGGUGAGGGCGCGGAAGACGACUACGACGAGACGGGAGAUAUGCCGAUGACCGGGUACGAUUGA